AUGUCUAGCAGCGAUCUUUCAUCUAAAGAAGCUAUUUCCAAGGUUGAGCAGCAACUGUCUCCGUCAAAAGAUGGCAUCAUCGGUGUGACGUUCUACAUCUUUGUGGACAUGUGUGAAAACAAUCUGCAGCUCGAAAACCACGCCAAUCGUCUACAGAGCUUGCGCAAGGAGCUAAAUUAUGUAAAAGAAACCGACUGGCAGUACGAUUCAAUCGAAAAGAUUCUGGGCCAAAACUAA